AUGCAAUUCACAACCGCAACACUCAUCACCCUCCUCAGCGCCCUCGGAGCCGCUUCUCCCCUCCAACCACGUCAACUCGGUCUAUGCAGCUCCGCCAUCGAUACAGCACAAUGCUGUAGCGUCAGUAUUCUUGGUGUCGCUAACUUGAACUGUGUUUCUCCACACGUGCCCCCGACGUCCGUCGAGAGUUUCCGUGAGAUCUGUGCUGCGCAUGGUCAGCAGGCUUCUUGUUGUGCAGUCCCUGUUGCUGGACAAGCUGUUCUUUGCACUGCUGCUUCUGCUUAA